AUGUCACCAGUGCAGGGCAUGGUCAAAUAUUUUACGGCUGUAUCUAAUCGUGAUAUUGUUGCAUUAAUGGAAUGUUUUGCAUCCAAUGCUGUCGUUCUCACAGGCACAAUCACAUUAACGACUAAAUCUGAUAUUGAAUCGUAUUAUCAAAACGGAACAUUAUCAUCAAGUAAUCCUUAUUUCUUUCCCAUACCACAUUAUUUAUUCGUAUCAAAUUCCACGAUUGCAGUAGAAAUUGAACUGCAUUUAAAUCCCACUCACACAAGACUCGUUGGUGAUUGGUUUACAUUCGAUUCUGCUGGCAAGAUCAGGCGCCUAACCAUCUAUGAUGGUCCACAUUGGUAUCCGUUAGCUGAUUCAGCUAAGCCAUUAGUAUUAAGUGAAAUAGAAAAUACAUUAGUACAUGAUACAUGUUUAGAAUUACGGCAACAAUCACCAAUGGCACUUAUUUCACAUCGUACAUUACAACGUUAUGUCAGUGCACUACAAACACGUAAUCUAGAACAGCUGAUGUUGAUUUUUGAUUUAAAUGCACAAAUAAUUACUUCAACUAACGUAUAUACUACUCAAGAUGAAAUAAAACAAUUUUAUGUUAAUGGUAUACUGCAUAUUUCAAAUACACAUUUCUCUCUUCGACUAUCAGAAUUGUUCAUCUAUGAUGAUCAAAUUGCUGUUGAAAUCCGAUUUAAAAUAUUCCCAACACAAAAGAAAUAUGUUGCAGAUUUUUUUACAUUUAAUCGUGAUGGUUAUAUUAUUCGCUUAAAUGAAUACGAUGGACAAACAGUUGAUUCUACACAAUCAUUCACCACACAAAAAGAGCACAGUUAG